AUGGAAAAUAAAGACGAUGAAUUUUUUUAUCAGCAUUGUAGUAACACUGAGAAUGAGCAAAGAGGAUGUGAAGAUGAUGCGAUUGGUGGUGAGACUAAUGAGGAACCUGAAUACGAUAUUCAAGAGCCCAGUGAUGCUAAACAUGUGGAUUCUGGUUUAGAAGGUUUAUGUAUCUUGGAUGGUAAGAAGCAAGCAGAAGAAAAUGAGUGGCUAAAAGACUUGUAUAACUUGCGUGAGAAGUGGGCACAAAUCUAUGGCCGAUCCAAUUUUGUGCAGAACCUUAUUCUUUGUGAGUGGGUCGUACACUAUGAGCGUGCUUUAGUUGAUCGAAGAGAAAAGAAGAGGCUCGCGGAAGUUGCAACUACACAAAGAAAGCGAAAACUUCUGUCUAAUUGGAAAGUGGAGGUUGAAGCAGCAAAGAUGUACACAAAAGCGAGUUUCAAUUGUUUUCAAGAAGAGUUUCGAAAAUGUUUGGACUUGAUACUGGAAUUAGAGAGUGAUGAUGGGAGAAUAGAAACAUAUGUGGUUCAAAGACCAGGGAAUCCAAACUUGAGAAGGUCAGUCAUCUAUUCCCCUUCAAAUCAGUCAGUUAAUUGUAGUUGUAAGAGAUUUCAAUUUGAAGGGAUUCUUUGUGCACAUGCAUUAAAAUUAUUCCGUGAGUUAGGCUUGUCAACGUUACCAUCCAAGUACUAUUUAAAAAGAUGGAGACGAGAUGCUAGACAAGGAAUUGAUUUUGAAUGUUAUGGGCAAGCAAAUUUUAGUGAUCGGAGCGCAUCUUCUGCACUCCAAUAUAGUCACUUGUCUCAUAUAGCACAAAGAAUUGUAGCAAAAGGUGCAAAUGAUAAGCAAUCACCCACUUUGGUGGAGUCUAAAUUGUUGGCGUUGGAGGCAGAAUUGGAUGGCAAUUUAUCCAUUGGACAAGAACAUGAAACAAAUGGUGAUAUAGAUUCAGACGAUCAAGUGAAUGAAAAUAAUACAAAUUUGGUUUUGCGUGAUCCAAAAGUUAAGAGGCAUAGAAGGCGCGGUAAAGGUAAGAGAAAUAAUGAUUUGGGAUCUAACAAGCAAUCAAAAAAGAGAUCUUCAUCAGUACGGCAGGAACAAGAGGAUGGUCCAGUACCCCCUAAAGAAAAAAAUGUCUCUGUAUCAAAGAAAAUGAAAGCUCCAUCUAAAAGAAAAGAUUCUCAGGAACCCAACUCAUAUGAACAUGAGAAGAGUGGCCCUUCAAAUUCAUAUGAACAUGUUCAGGAACAAGAGGAUGCUCCAGUACCCCCUAAAGAACAAAAUGUAUCUGUAUCAAAGAAAAGGAAAGCUCCAUCUAAAAGAAAAUGUUAG